AUGGCGGUGCCGGCUCGGACCCGCGGCGCCCGCCCGCCCGGCCCCGGCGCCCCGCGCCCCGCCGCCCGGCCCCCGCGCCUGCUGCUGCUGCUGCUGCCGCCGCUGCUGCUGCCGCCCGCCGCCCCCGGCGCCGCAGCCUACAGCUUCCCGCAGCUGCACACGAUGCAGCACUGGGCGCGGCGCCUGGAGCAGGAGAUCGACGGCGUGAUGCGCAUCUUCGGGGGCGCCCAGCAGCUCCGGGAGAUCUACAGGGACAACCGGAACCUGUUCGCCGUGCAGGAGAACGAGCCGCGGACGCUGGUGGAGAAGGUGGCCGGCGACAUCGAGGGGCUGCUGGCCCGGAAGGUGCAGGCCCUGAAGAGACUGGCCGACGCCGCAGAGACCUUCCAGAAAGCCCACCGCUGGCAGGACAACAUCAAGGACGACCCUGAGGUGGAGGACCUGGAGAGGGGGUCCAAGGUCAGCACCCUGAAGCUGGACUUCGUGGAGGACGCCAACUUCAAGAACAAGGUCAACUACUCGUCCACGGCCGUGCAGAUCCCCACGGACAUCUACAGAGGCUCCACCGUCAUCCUCAACGAGCUCAACUGGACCGAGGCCCUGGAGAGCGUGUUCGCCGAGAACCGCCGGCGCGACCCCUCGCUGCUGUGGCAGGUCUUCGGCAGCGCCACCGGGGUCACCCGCUACUACCCCGCCACCCCAUGGCGAGCCCCCAAGAAGAUCGACCUGUACGACGUCCGAAGGAGACCCUGGUACAUCCAGGGGGCCUCGUCCCCCAAGGACAUGGUCAUCAUCGUGGACGUGAGCGGCAGCGUCAGCGGCCUGACCCUGAAGCUCAUGAAGACAUCCGUGUGCGAGAUGCUGGACACGCUGUCGGACGAUGACUAUGUGAACGUGGCCUCGUUCAACGAGAAGGCGCAGCCGGUGUCCUGCUUCACGCACCUGGUGCAGGCCAACGUGCGCAACAAGAAGGUGUUCAAGGAGGCGGUGCAGGGCAUGGUGGCCAAGGGCACCACGGGCUACAAGGCCGGCUUCGAGUACGCCUUCGACCAGCUGCAGAACUCCAACAUCAGCCGCGCCAACUGCAACAAGAUGAUCAUGAUGUUCACCGACGGCGGCGAGGACCGCGUGCAGGACGUCUUCGAGAAGUACAACUGGCCCAACCGCACGGUGCGCGUGUUCACCUUCUCCGUGGGGCAGCACAACUACGACGUCACGCCGCUGCAGUGGAUGGCCUGCGCCAACAAAGGUUACUAUUUUGAGAUACCGUCCAUCGGCGCCAUCCGCAUCAACACCCAGGAGUACCUGGACGUGCUGGGCAGGCCCAUGGUGCUGGCCGGCAAGGAGGCCAAGCAGGUGCAGUGGACCAACGUGUACGAGGACGCGCUGGGGCUGGGGCUGGUGGUGACGGGGACCCUCCCCGUGUUCAACCUGACGCAGGACGGCCCCGGGGAGAAGAAGAACCAGCUGAUCCUGGGCGUGAUGGGCAUCGACGUGGCGCUGAGUGACAUCAAGAGGCUGACCCCCAACUACACGCUCGGAGCCAACGGCUACGUGUUCGCCAUCGACCUGAAUGGCUACGUGUUGCUGCACCCCAACCUCAAGCCCCAGACCACCAACUUCCGGGAGCCUGUGACUCUGGACUUCCUGGACGCGGAGCUGGAGGACGAGAACAAGGAGGAGAUCCGCCACAGCAUGAUCGACGGCAGCCGGGGCCACAGGCAGAUCCGGACGCUGGUCAAGUCCCUGGACGAGCGCUACAUCGACCAGGUGAUGCGCAACUACACCUGGGUGCCCAUUCGGAGCACCAACUACAGCCUCGGGCUCGUGCUCCCUCCCUACAGCACCUUCUACCUCCAGGCCAACCUCAGCGACCAGAUCCUGCAGGUCAAGUAUUUUGAGUUCCUGCUCCCCAGCAGCUUUGAGUCUGAAGGACAUGUUUUCAUUGCUCCCAGAGAGUAUUGCAAGGACCUGAACGCCUCCGACAACAACACGGAGUUCCUGAAAAACUUCAUCGAGCUCAUGGAGAAGGUGACCCCGGACUCCAAGCAGUGCAACAACUUCCUCCUGCACAACCUGAUCCUGGACACGGGCAUCACCCAGCAGCUGGUGGAGCGCGUGUGGCGGGACCAGGACCUCAACACGUACAGCCUCCUGGCCGUGUUCGCCGCCACGGACGGCGGCAUCACCCGCGUGUUCCCCAACAAGGCAGCUGAAGACUGGACAGAGAACCCGGAGCCCUUCAACGCCAGCUUCUACCGCCGCAGCCUGGACAACCGCGGCUAUGUCUUCAGGCCCCCACACCAGGAGGCCCUGCUAAGGCCCCUGGAGCUGGAGAACGACACGGUGGGCAUCCUGGUCAGCACCGCGGUGGAGUUCAGUCUGGGCGGACGCACCCUGAGGCCAGCAGUGGUGGGGGUUAAGCUGGAUCUAGAGGCCUGGGCUGAGAAGUUCAAGGUGCUGGCCAGCAACCGGACCCACCAGGACCAGCCGCAGAAGUGUGGCCCCAGCACCCACUGUGAGAUGGACUGCGAGGUUAACAACGAGGACCUGCUCUGUGUCCUCAUUGAUGACGGGGGAUUCCUGGUGCUGUCAAACCAGAACCACCAGUGGGACCAGGUGGGCAGGUUCUUCAGCGAGGUGGAUGCCAACCUGAUGCUGGCGCUCUACAACAACUCCUUCUACGCCCGCAAGGAGUCCUUCGACUACCAGGCCGCCUGUGCCCCGCAGCCGCCGGGCAACCUGGGCGCGGCUCCCAGGGGCGUCUUUGUGCCCACCGUCGCCGACCUCCUGAACCUGGCCUGGUGGACCUCGGCGGCGGCCUGGUCCUUGUUCCAGCAGCUUCUCUACGGCCUCAUCUACCACAGCUGGUUCCAAGCAGACCCCGCCGAGGCCGAGGGCAGCUCCGAGGCGCGCGAGAGCAGCUGCGUGGUGAAGCAGACGCAGUACUACUUCGGGCCGGUCAACGCCUCCUACAACGCCAUCAUCGACUGCGGCAACUGCUCCAGGCUGUUCCACGCGCAGAGGCUGAGCAACACCAACCUGCUGUUCGUGGUGGCGGAGAAGCCGCUGUGCAGCCAGUGCGAGGCCGGCCGGCUGCUGCAGAAGGAGACGCACUCGGACGGCCCGGAGCAGUGCGAGCUGGUGCAGCGGCCGCGGUACCGGAGGGGCCCGCACAUCUGCUUCGACUACAACGCGACCGAAGAUACCUCAGACUGCGGCCGCGGAGCCUCCUUCCCGCCGUCGCUGAGCGUCCUGGUGUCCCUGCAGCUGCUGCUCCUCCUGGGCCUGCCCCCCGGGCCGCAGGCGCUCCACGUCCCCGCCCGAACCUCGCGCCGCCUCUGA